UGAGAGACUGAAGUAUUUUCCUCCCAUUUUUUUUUUUUUAUCGUGCUUGUUUUUUGUAUGUAAAUACAUGUUAAAUAUAUUCACUGAUCAUUUAAUUGCAUUGUACAGGUCGCACAUCACAUAACACAAUAAUGCGGUUUGAAAUGGAUAAAGAUGGAGAUACUUUGAAUUAAAUACAUAGUAACAAGAUCAGAUCAGCUUUAUUUGUCAUUACAACAAGGGCAACAAAAUUUAAUUCCAGGUUCAGCCUGACUGGUGGGAUUAGUAAGCCCCCUUAAAAAGACGGUCAAUGUGCGAAACAUCCAACCAACAUUCUCGGUGAGGGUACAACUAUUUUUAUGCAUUCUGUGUAUAUUUCACAAUAGUGAGUCAAGUCCGAAACUGACUUUUUUCUUUCAUGUUGUCAAAAUGAAGGAAGUCUUUGUCACAAGGCUUUAGUUACACAAAAGUGCAGUUUUUUUAGUUGCAUCGCAUUUGAAUUGUUAGCACAAAAUGACAAAUCAACAACUGUUAGUUCUGUAGCUGUUUUACUUUAAAAUAAUCACUGAGUACACGAAAUUGUCCCCAGCUUGUAACACCAACUAUCAAAAUUCAUGGACUUUUUAGAGAGUGCGUCCAGGUACGUUGAGGCCUUUCACAUGCUGUAUGAAAAAACAUAAUUGAGCAAUAACCUGCUUUUUCGUCUUGUAGUGAUUCCAAUCGAGAAUGAUGUGUCAGUUUCCCCCUGAGCUCAACUCUCAAGGGGAGGACCCGCACACGUGAGGUGGUGCGUGUGAGUGGCAGUCUUAUUUCCUUCCUCCAAACAACUACUUCAAGAAAACUGACUACGUUUUUAUGCUUGUCGAAUGUUGGGACGGGACACGAUGAAGGACGCACUGCUGGUGAUGCUGCUGGACGUUUACAUUAUCAAGGUGUCGUCACUGCCCUACCAUGUGGAUUCAAAUACUAAGUGUAAUAACACGAAUCAAGAAUACUUGUUGGAGGCUUUGGGCUUGUGUUGCAAAAAGUGUCCCCCAGGAUGGCGAUUGUCACAUGAGUGCGACCAAACAUCAGAGACCGUUUGUGAGCGGUGUGAACCCGACCAGUACAUGGAGAGUUGGAACUACGCACCAAACUGCUUCCCUUGCGCCAAAUGCAAACCUAAUAAAGGCCUGCAGUUCGCCCAAGCGUGCUCCCCUAUCGCCAUGUCCAAGUGUUCGUGCCAACCUGGCAUGUACUGCAUCAUGGAGUCUGACGAGCAACACUGCACUGCCUGUCUACAGCACAAGAGCUGCAAAGCUGGUUUUGGAGUCUCUGUGCCAGGCACAGCCCACUCAAACGUCAAGUGCAAACAAUGCCUAAACGGGACGUUCUCCAACACGUCGUCUGCAACAGAACCAUGUCGACCUCAUACAAACUGUCAUGAGAGGCCCGUGUUAAGAGAAGGCACUUCAACGAUGGAUACACUUUGCAAAGGGGCAACUAUGACCCCAACGAGCAUGGUCACGGGCACUGAGAAUCCUUUGCUUGGACCAGCUGUUUUGGGGGGCUCGCCAUCUUGGUUGACAAAAAGUCCAGGGGCUGAUGAUGACAAGGUUGCAGCAGUCGCCAGUAUUGUCGGAACAGUCAUGUUUUUCAUCAUCGUCGCCGUUAUUCUACUGGUCCUUUAUAAGACCUCACGGAGCAAAGGCGCUGCCAACUUGCAUCCUAAAGACACUUUGAGUGGAAGUCUUGAGAGCGGCAAUGAAUUGAAGACUCUACGGACUUCCCUCACCGACGUCUCACCGGGUGAGGAAUGCCGCCUGCUGAAGAGUACAGAGGGCAGCUGCGAUUCUGGCCUCGGCGGCGGCGACACUCGCUCUUUCCGCAGCAGCCAGAACUCCUUCGAAACACCGCCGUCCACCUUAGCCCUUCCCCAACAGCAGCCUUUGCCUUCGGGUACCGACAUCCAUUCAUGUGUUCCGCACAUCAGCGUCAACAUCACGUUCAACAUAGGAGAUGGAGGCUCACACUCACCACUGCAAGACUUGGAACUGAGCUUUAGAGAGGAGCAAGAGUCUAUCAGUAUUCCAAAACAGGAAGCUGGAAAAGAGUUGCCUGACCAGGAGAGUUUGGAAUUACAUGACUCUGAUAAGCAGGCCUAAUGUAAACAUUUUGCAGUUUUCCAUUUGAUAUUUGUUAUAUGGAGUCAACAAAGGGAUUUACAGUAGCGUGAAAGUGAUUGGCGCCCGUCCAUACUUGUCUAUUUUUAUUUUUUUUAAAUAUAUAAAGUUACAACAAGCCAAAUGGUGUGAAGGAGACUAGCAAGUAUUUUCUGUUUUUCACAAUGGCUUCCUGCUGGAGCAGUGACUUAAAAAAGUUGUCCACGGACCCACUCUUGUAGUACUAAAAAAAGAAAAGAAUCACCUAAGUACAGUCCAACUGUACUUCAUUUGUAAAUUUAAGUUUAAUAUAUUUGCAUUUUAAUCUUCAAUGGAUGUUUGCGUUUAACAGUUAUAUAUAAUUUUAUGAGCAAUACAUUAAUAUCAUAAAUACUUUUCUUACAUUUCAACACAGUGUUAAAAGAAAGGAUAACCUUUAUAAGCGGUUUCACUUUUUUGUGUUUAAACAUUGUCGGAAGACGAGAAAUUUACGAUUUACAAAGGAAACGUUUUAACUUUACAUGAGGGUUAUUAAUGGUAGUUAUCGUUCAUUGAAAUUGUACAUAAUACUACGGUAACGUGCAGAUAUUCCCUCAAUGGCUGUCAUUGACAAUAAUAAACAUCCACUUCAUUUAAAUUGGGAGGACUGGCAAUGAUGAUUGGUCAUCUUUUAGUGCCUUUUGCGAUGGACGUCCAGUUAAAUUUGAUCGGGACCCAGUCAAAAUGGAUUGGACGUCUAUUGCCGUCAAUGGCAGUGAAUGGGUUAACACACUUCAGUCUUUUGGUUGUGAGCGAUGGUACUUUAAUUUAUUCUUAUAUUUGUUUUCAUUCCAAGAAAAUAAGAACUUUUAUAAUUGUUUCUUGCUGGAAAUAUUGUGAUAUAUAUACCGCAUAGAAUUAUUUUGUAUUGAUUUGGUGUAACAAGAUAUAUUUGAUAAUGCUGCCACAUGCUGGAGAAAAGCGGAAAAGGCAACCCUUUUAAUUGAAAAAUCCCCCCUGAAAUAACAUUGAAUGACACAUUUUACGUCACAAGUCAACCGUCUGAAAAGUUAAAAUCUUGCUCAAACGGAGUAAAUUAUAGUUGGCUAAUCGCAACGUUUAUUUUUUUAUGAGUUAAAACCAGCAAACCUGGAGGAUAUCGAGAAUGUUCAAUUAUUCGGUAUGGUUGGGAAGUGCUCCUUUUAAUUUGAAUGUUUUGCGAGGACACAGCCGUGGCAAUUUUACUUUUACAGAAUUUUAAAAUCAUUUCAAUUGUACUGUCAUGUGUUUUGAUUAUUAAGUGACGAGUUAGUGAGGGCAAAUAA